CAUGUUUGCUCAAUUUUUACGUCAUUUCUAUCUUUUGUAUUCCAUAUUCCUAUUCAUAAAGAUAUUGAGAAUUACCAAUGCGAUGGAAAGGAGGACUCCAAAUUUUAAUAAUAACGGAGAGUCAGACGAUUACCUAGUGUACAAAGUGAAUCUAAAUGUGUUACGAGAAGGUAAUAAGCCUUUAAAGUAUAACCAAGAAUUUCUAAAUCAGAAUAGUGCUACAUUUCUUAGGAUAGCAGACAAAGCUGAAAAGGGGCUUAAUUCAAUCUUUUGUCGAGAUACUUUUUCUUGCAAUCCAUUAUAUGUUGGCAGUCAACUUUCCGGAUUCGAACCUUCGCUAUCUGGUGAAAGAAACGUUCAAAUAGUUAUAUCCUUAUAUUGGAGGCCUCAGUAUCAGGGAGGCGUUUACAUCAUGACCAAAGCCAUCUACGAUUCAUUAGCAUCCAAUAAUGGUUAUUUGGGAACAACGGAUCUGUUCGUAGGACCUAUCGAAAGCAUAAGCAAAUCUUACACAUAUACUUUGCCUAUAAUGACGGUGAACGGAAGACAGGUUACUUACAACAAAGAUCACGAAGAUCCCAAUAGCAGAGCCUAUAUUUCGAUAGCGGAACCCUUUACCAAUUCGAUGGAUUCUUUGUUUAGAAGUUCUCAAAAUUUUGUUGAUUUGUAUAUUGCUUGCAAUGUUAAAGAUUUGGAUCCAAUCCCAAUUGUCAGGAAUGGAAUUAUGGUAACGUACACGAUUUACCUUCUCCAAAAUUAUACCCAAGGUCCUAAUGAGAUAACAAAUUUCAUUAAAGAAGGUUUUACUAGUCAAGACAAUAAUUGUUUACCAGGUGGUACACUAUGCACUAUUCCUGUCAAUACAGAACAUGACCUAAUCAUCAAUAUUGUCAGAAAAGGAUAUAAAAGAAUGACCUGCCCAUCAAAUUUUAGGCAGAAUAAUUCUCGCGACUAUACAUAUCUGGAAAACACAUUUGAAAGAGGGAUGAGGCAAAUUAUUAAUGCAUCUCCUAAUAUCAGACAACAUUUCGUAAAUUUAGAAAUGAUAGAUGUCAGUGAUUCAUUACCUUUGGGGUGUCUGUUUCGCUAUCGAAUUACAUUAAAACCGGUAUAUAAAAGGGAUAGUCAAAGCCUUGAUUCCGAGAUAUCUAGCACCAUCAAUAAUUGGGGAAGAAAUUGUUUGGGCAGCACAAAUUUAUGCGUUAAUAAGAUACCAGGAGAAUGUUCGCUUGGACAGCUGGACUCUUGUGGGGAUUCUAAAAACAACCAAAUAUGCGUUUUAGAUGAAAAUAGGAAUAACCAACGGACCAUAUGCAAAUGCAAACCUGGUUACAUUAAAACAUCACAAUUAGGACCUUGUUUUUACUCAACAUGUUCUCACAAGCCAAAUAACAGCGGCAAUAAUAAUAUAUUUCCCUCAAACGAUAUUGCUAGUACUACACAAUAUUGUGGUGGACGGCCAUUUGAAACUUGCACAUUCAACCCAAGAACUGUGAGAAUGGAAUGUGACUGCAUAAAAGGAUAUCGGCGUUCUAGAUCUCCAGAUGGACCUUGUGUUAGAGCUCAAUGUGAUUUAGGCUCAAAUUCUGGAUGUUUUGCAAAUCAGGAAUGUGCAUAUGGAACAAAUGGUAAUGCCCCUAACAUAGAAUGCCGAUGUAAAAAUAGUUUUAUUCAGCUUAAACAAGGAGGCCCUUGUGUUCCAAGAACAUGCGACCCCGAUACGAAUAUUGGAUGUGCGACCAAUGAAGUAUGUAAAUAUAAUCCAUUGGUAAACAAGCAACCAAUAUGUGAAUGUGAAAAUGGAUUUUAUAAAAUUACCUCUAAUCAGCUACCUGAUCUUAAUAGUAUUAGCAAUUUUAAAGGUAAUUCCUUAUGUAUUCGGGGGGCAUGUGAUCCAAUUAGAAAUACAGGCUGCCCUGGUUCAAAUGAAAUUUGUACAUUUAGUUCUCAAAAUCCAACUACCGGAAAUAAUAUCCUUAUAUAUUGCGCUUGUUCGUUCGGUUUCAUACGUACUCAUACGAAUCAACCCUGUCUACGGAACUUAUGUGACCCAAGGACUCAUAUAGGGUGUAAAAAUAACCAAUAUUGUUCGUUUAAUGAAGUUAGUCGUCAAUAUGAAUGCCAAUGUAAAGAAGGCUUUAGUUUUAAUUAUAAUAAAGAUGAUUGCUUAUUAGAGAUAUGUAAUGUUAGAACCAACUCAGGAUGUAAUGGACCGAAUGAAUAUUGUACAAAUGAUAAGAGUUCAGGCACAAGAUGUGUCUGCAAGUCCGGGUUUAUACGACACGUUAAAAGCAAUAAUUAUUGUGUCCCUUCUACCUGUUCGGAUGGGACUGGAUGUGGGGAAAAUGAAGAAUGUGUGUUUGUUAAUGAAAAUAAUCGUAAAAGAUUAGAAUGCCAAUGCAUAUUAGGCUACAUUCAAUCUCCUUCUCGUGUCUGUAUAAAGAUAGAAUGCGACGUGAAUAGCAAUCAAGGUUGUCGCCAAAAUGAAAUAUGCGCAGUACGAUCAAACUAUAACAAUAAUUUACCUUUUUGCGAGUGCAAAGCCCCACAAUUUUAUAAAAUCGGGGAUACAUGUGUUAAAGGAAGUUGUAGUCCCAUUGACAAUUCGGGUUGCAAAAGUAAUGAAAUAUGUAAGAUUGAUUACGAAACUAAGCAAGGUCAGAGUUCUAACCCUUACUGUACAUGCGCCAAAGGGUAUAUAAAAUCCCCUCUCAAUGCUAAAUCUAAAUCCACUGAGAGAGACAUAUGCGUAGCAUCGGAAUGCGACCCUUAUACUGUUGUAGGAGAUCAUGUGAAAAAUAGAUGGACACUUAGUGGGCAAUGUCAGCAAAAUGAACAAUGUACUUAUGUUGUUAAUAAAAUAGGCAAAGGUGGUCAAUAUAAAUGUCUUUGUCAAAAAGGAUUUAUCAGAAUUCCUGCUGAAACUGGUAUAUGUUACAGAGCGGAGUGUGAGCCAGCUACUAAUAAUGGAUGUAAUAAACCCGAAAUCUGUUCUCUCAUUGGAAAUAUUGUGAAAUGUAUAUGCCCAUAUAACUAUAGGAAACUAUCUUCGCAUCCAGAUGCUCCGUGUAUAUAUGCUGCUUGUGAUCCUAUUAUUAAUGAUGGUUGUUCAGUAAAUGAAAUAUGCAAGAUAUUUCUCAGUAACAAUGAAAUAAAAUGUGUCUGCUCAACCGGUUAUAUAAGGGAUACCACAGAUCAAAAUUGCAUUAGAGAAACAACUACACAUAUCUCGGCUGAGAUUAUAACUUAUUGUCGUAAGAUAGAUGAACAAUUAAUAAAUUGCGGUCCUUAUUCAGAAUGUAUAUUAAUAAAUGGUGUGCCUAUAUGCAGAUGCCUCCCAGGAUAUAUAAAAGAUAGCUCAGGCAAUUGUCGAAGUAAAUGGGAACCACCUAAACCUCUUACAACCUCUCCUCCUCAGACUACUAAACUGACGGAAAUAACAACUGAAAUUAGUAUUGAGACUUCUGUUGUCACAAAGGAACAUACCACUUUGGAUCAAAAAACAACUGCAGCAACUCUUCCACCAAUUAUAAUUAUAAUAACUACUAGCGUAGUUCCACCAAUAACUUGCGAAAACAUAUCUUGUGGUCCUAAUCAAAUCUGUAGAAUACUAAAUAAUAAUACUGCAUACAAAAAUUUUACAAAUUCUAUAUAUUGUGAUUGCCUUCCGGGAUUUAUUAGAACUCCAGAUGGAAAAUGCCUAAAUUCAUCCUACCCUGGAACGACUGAUGGAAUAAUAUUCCCUUGUAAUGACGAAUAUUGUAACCACCAUGGACAUUGUAGAUUGAACCCAGAUGGCACUAGGUAUUGUGAAUGCGAUAAAUGGUGGAUCGGAAAACAAUGCCAGCACAACGGAAAAUUAUUGGCUAUUUUAGCGCCAUUAUUACUGGGACUUUUACUUUUGUUAUGUUGUUGCUUAUUGCCUCUCUGUUGGUGUUUUGGAAGAAAACGAAAGAAACGUAUGGCUGAAAACAUAAAGAUUGCUAAUCAAGGUAUGGGCGAUUACGGGAAAAUAGCACCUUACGUUAUACCGCGUCCUAUGAUUUCACCAAUCCCAGCAAUGGAAAGAGAAACGAUGAGAGGGCGAGAAGUUUUAUCAGCGAAAGACGACAGGUUAUACAAGGUUGCUAAACCUGAAGAAACUACAGAAAUUACUGAAGAAACUACUACAGAGGAAUGGAAAAGAACUUACAAAAAACCAAAAGGCAGAAGAAGAUAUGAGGAACGAAGAUCCACUACCCCAAUAAUGACCUCAAAAAAAACUCGAACAGAAGAUAUAGAAGAAGAGGAGACGGCUGAAUACACGGACAAUCAUGGAAUUGAAACGGAUAAUGAAAAUAAUGUAUAUAUAGGAGUAGGAGGCAAAAGACAAUGGGUUAAAGGUUCCGGAGAGGGUGAGUCGACUAUCUAUCCAUCACAACGAAUAUCAAGCGAUUCAUAUCAAAUAAAUAAGAAAUAUGCACCAAGUCCAAGUCAAGACUUUUUAUCCACAUAUAAAACUGGCCGCAUUUACAACAAACGUAAUGAAAAUGAUAAUCCAAACAAUCUACAUUAUACAACGAGCAAUCGACAGUCGGAUCAUGCCGAUAAAGCACACACACAGUAUUCCGGCUUUGAUAAUGCAGGGUACACUAGGGCCAACGAUGAAUACUUAUCUUAAAAUAUUUUACGUUCUUAUAACCGAAUUUAUAAAUGUAAUAAAUUAAAAGUUUCUAAUCAUUAUGAUUGUGAUUUUUGUUAUGCAUCUGUAGUUAUAUAUAUUUUUGGAUUUUCUCAUGUGAAAAUGAAGAAGUUUUUUUGGUAAUUCCCCCCACAAAUAAUUUUUUUUAAAUCUAUAUAUUUCUUUGAAAAGAUCACCAAAUAAAUUUAAUUUCAUUUAUAAUUUCCUCAUCUAUAUCAUAAUGA